AGAAACAUUUGGGGUCCUUCUACUUCACGUGUGCGCCCUGCUGCUCUGCCAUCGUGAGAGGAAACCAUGCCGAAGUCAAAGAGAGACAAGAAAAGUGAGUAAAUAAGUGUUAAAAAUGCAUGUUUACGAAUAUAUCGGGAGAGUAAAUGUAUUAUGUGGUCACUUGUUUGAUAGUUGAAGAAAGUAGGUAACGUAAGUAACGUAAACUCGAUAGGAAACAAGCUAACGUUAGCUUUACUCUCUGGGAGAAACAGUGAAUCUACAUCAGUGUAAGAGAGAUCAGUGUAAACUUCUGACUAACUUAUUGGACUUGUCAUGUAUUCUUUCCUUAGUUUCUUUAACGAAAACCGCCAAGAAAGGUUUGGAGUUGAAACAGAAAUUGAUCGAGGAGGUGAGUAUCGUCUGCUCGUCUGUCAGUCAAAGUCUCACACUGACAAGGAUUCACUUUCUAAUGAAUCUGUGUUUGUCUGUUUCAGUUACGGAAAUGUGUGGACACAUACAGACACUUGUUCAUAUUCUCAGUGGAAAAUAUGAGGAAUAACAAACUGAAAGACAUCAGGACAGCCUGGAAACACAGCAGGUAAUGUCAUCAGCCAGGAAACGUCUGAAUGGAUAUAAAGGGACAUUUCAGAGUUUUUACUGUUUAGCUCUAGAAGACAGGUUACUGUCAGCAAGACAUCUGUACCUCUGAUAAUGCCACCAGUGUGAUCUUAGUGACUACAAAUGUAUGUAAGACAUCUUAGCAUAGUCAGUUUGCAAGAGAGUUUUAGAGACUCAAGAAUUAAAUCUGCCACGAAUGAGAACUUAGGAAACUACAGGAUUUAGUGUUUUGAAGGCUGGUCCAUAGUUGGGACACAAAGAAGCAGAACAUCUGCCUCAAGUAGGGCUGGAAGUAAUUACAUUUUCCCCCAUCAACAUAUUCACUUUCAUUCAAAUUUAGUCCCUGACGUUUUGUGAAUAUGGCCUAUCAUGAUUUCUUGUAGUUUGAGAUGAGAUUUUAAGGACUGCUUUUGCUUAAGGGAUAUUCUGGCAUAAAAUUAGGUUAGGGUCAAACACACUGUAACACCGAGUUAGACACCCCGCAGAGAGAUGAAUGUUGAUGACCGCUUGCUUCUUUAGUUAUACCAACUUGAGUAACGCCCGUAGUAACAGCAGUAGCAAUACAGAGAGCCACGCGUUCAACCAAAAAGCCACCCCAUCCAUCCACCAAUUUUCUACCACUUAUUCCCGUUAGAGGUCAUGGGGGCGCUGGAGCCUGUCCCAGCAUCUUCAGUGAAGGCAGGAGACACCCUGGACAAGUUGCCAGUUCAUCGCAGGGCUGACAUAUAGAGACAAACAACCAUCCACGCUCACGUUCACACCUAUGGGCAAUUUGAAAGUGGCCACUUAGGCAUGUUUUUAGGAUGUGGGAGGAAACCGGAGUAAACCAGCGCAGACACAGGGAGAACAUGCAAACUCCACACAGAAACGCCCUGAGCCAGAUUCAAACCCAGGACCUUCUUUCUGUGAGGCGACAGUGCUAACCACUACACCACUGUGCCGCUCCAAAACGCCACUCUUUAGCCACAAAUAAUGCUCAGAACAGCACCUAACUUCAUCAACAGUACACAUAGGGUCCCAGCCAUAGUACUAGCCACCAAACAUCUUUUUAGCUUUGCCUAAUUUCUUUAGCAAAGAGACUAAACACAACUCACCUACUCUCUUAGGUGAGCGUUUUGGUUGAGCGCAUGGCUCUCUGUAUUGCUAAAGCGUGGUCGUUACUAAAGUUGGUAUAACUAGAGAAGCAAGCGGUCAGCAACAUUCAUCUCUCGAGGGGGUGUCUAACUCUGUGUUACGGUGUGUUUGACCCUAACUUAUUUUAAGCCGGAAUAUCCUUUUAAAAGUUCAUAGCCCAAGCAUCGUUUUGGUGAAUGAGGAUCAAAGGUUAUGUCCUUUACAUACAAGAAGCAAGAAUCAGGAGAUGUUUGAUGUUUUUGCCUCAAAAUCGCUGCAAGAAUUAUUUGGUGAAGUCAGCAGUAUCUUUUAGUUGAAGUUUUAAUUGCACUAACAACUGUACUUCUCCUUUCUGUGCAGGUUCUUCUUUGGCAAAAAUAAGGUCAUGAUGGUUGCCUUGGGUAAAGGGGAAACAGACGAGUACAAAGAUAACUUGCACAAGGUAGUUGAGACCUUACAUUUGGUGCUAGAAAAUAAAUGAUAAAUGUUGAUCUUUUACAGAGUUUUGACAUGCUUUUAAUGUUCAAUAGGUUUGCAAGUAUCUAAGAGGAGAGGUAGGAGUGCUAUUCACAAACAAAACAAAGGAUGAGGUACAAGAGUAAGUAAGGUCUCCUUUUAAUUAAUCAUUUUAGCAGUGAUUCAUCCAGUUGUUUUGAAUAUCGCUUGAUUGGUGGUUUUGUUUACAGAUAUUUCAGCCAUUUCAAAGAGAUGGAUUAUGCAAGGUCGGGAAACCAGGCACAUAUGGACAUUACUCUGGAUGAGGGACCCCUGGAUCAGUUCACUCACUCAAUGGAGCCACAGUUGAGGCAGUUAGGGCUUCCUACUGCACUCAAAAAAGGUGUGAUCAUAUUUUUAAUUUGCCAAUACUCUAAUUCACAGAGGAAACAAACAAUGCAAUGUUAAGUUACUCCCUAUCUCCCUGCUGCUUUUAGAAACUUCUUAUUGUCAGAUCACAAAUAUAUAACAGUGUUCAAGCCACAUGUCAUCUUGGGCGUUUAAAGUUACAUUUCAGAUCAUCUGUUUUUAAAGGUGUGGUGACACUGCUGAAGGAUUAUGAAGUCUGUAAGGAGGGAGACGUACUAACUCCUGAGCAGGCUCGUAUUCUGGUGAGUCCUUAAUGCCCACAGGAAUUAUGAACUAAGUUGUGUGGUGUUAAAACUGACUGUUAAAGUGGCUCUUCCUCAUUUUACCCACAGAAACUCUUCAGCAUUGAGAUGGCAGAAUUCAAGGUGCAGAUCAAAUGUAUGUGGAACUCAGAGACGGGCGAGUUUGAGAACUUUGGAGAGGAGGGGUCUACAGAGGCUAUUGAGGAAGCAGACGACGAUGCUGAUGAUGAUGAUGUGGAGUGAAAUGUCUCUGAAGCCAGAAGCCUGUGGACAUGUUUUAGUGUUUCAUUUUGCCAACAUUCAACAGCAGAUGGACAUUAAGUCAGGUACCAUUCAUCCUGGCUGCUACUGAAACCUUUAUUCUCCUGUCUUAGCCCAUUUUUCAUCCAAAAACAUGAACUUCUGUCCUUUAUGUUGAAUUUUAUUUCUGGAUUGAGUAUUUGUUGAGUUAAAAUUGAUGACAGGAGUCAAAAGGUUUUAUAUCAUUUGUGUAAUGAUGCAAAGACCAGCAUGUAACGUUAAAGUACAGCAUGAAAGUAUCUUGUCCUUAUGACCCACACCCCUACCUCCCCAUAAAAAAACAAAUAUUUUAAACUACCCCAUGUGACGCAUAUAUUUGUAAGAAAACAACCACGAAAAGGAUCUCAGACUCAAGAAAAAGAAAUUUCUUGGAAAAACUUUAUUUUUUACACCUGUACAUUAACGCUGAAGUGCUUUUUUGCAUUAUAAUUCAAUUAUCUCCGAUUGGUCUCUUGAUUUAGAAAAAGAAUUACAAAGUUUUGUAGUAUGAUCUCCUGAGUAAAUUGGUAUAAGAUGGACAUAUACGAGAGAUCUCAGCGGAAGUAAUUUGGGCACUCGUGGGCAACGAGAUUCCAGGCUUCAUCGAAGGCGGCCACCACCCUCUCAUCCAGAGGACCCUCCUCUGCAGCAGCCAAGUUUUGCUGAAGUUGCUCCAUACUUGACAUACCAAUAAUGACUCCAUCCCCAAGAUCCCCCUGGAACACAAAUUAGAGUUCAAAAUCACAAAUAAAACUUGCAUCUUUAUUUGUAAUGGUUUAAAGUGAAAGAUCUAUUAUAAACCUUCUAACCUGCCAACAUCACAGUGUUGUAGUGCUGCGGUUACAUACAUAUAUAACCAUGCUAAAAGCCAAUACCUUUAUAGAUUGUAAUGUGAUAUUUGUUUCUCAGUAUAAUGUGUAAAUGAAUGAAUCGAUGCUUGAGUGCUAGCAAAUAUGUUUAAAGGUGUUCAGAAAAGUUCAACGUCAUUCUCAGUUAAUGCCUCAAGUUCAGGAUCACUACAGCUUUUGCAGAUAUUUCAUAGAAUAGUAUAACACUAGCCCAAACUAAUUUCAUCCAUUCCUUAUGUAUACACAAAAUAUAUUAUUUGGUAACAUUUUACUCAAAUCUUUGAUGAUUUUACAACAUUAUGUAAUAUCACCGCAGCCCUCCAUGCACAGUCAGUCGUACCUUAAGUUUAGAGUGGUGGUACAUCCAUCGCAUUGCGGCAGAUGUCAUAGUGGGUUUCUCUGAUCCGUAGGCUGUCUCCAAGGCUUUAAUAACCAAAUUUAUCGCCUGGAAAUGACUCAUCUUCCAGUACCUGGUUGUGAAAGACAGACAUGUUUUUUAAUCAGUGUUGACAGAUGCAUACACAGAUUCUUAUGCAUAUAUUUUCACAUUACAUGAGGUAUUUAGAACAACAAAUGCCCCGUUUCUAACCUGUCCUGGUAAGCUUUUGCCCAGCUGUUACCGAAGAAUCGCCCUGCAGGCUGGGAACCAUCUUUGUCUUCAUAAUGAUACUUUCCAGUCAGAAGGCCACCUGUAGAGGAGCAAUUUUGGACAUAAUUAAGUUGAAACUACCCAGUGAAAUACUAUUUCUGUCCUUAUUACUGUUGUUGUCUCAACUUUAAGUAUAUAAUUGAAAAAAUAACCUGACAAAACCAAUAAGUUAAAUAAAAAAAGAAAAUACACUGUAUAAUGGUAUAUGUAAACCAUUUUAUGGGAAUAUGUUAAACUAUUAUUGUGACACAGAGCUUAAAAUCUCAGGCUUAGAAGUGGUGUAUUUCCUAUCUUUUAAAAGGGAACAAUUCAAACAGUGCACCAAAAAAGGAAACUAAACAAUACCUGCCAGGGGAUUGUAUGCAUAGAACUUCAUUCCAUAGUAUCUUAGACAUGGCAGCAGCUCUGUCUCUACCUGUCUUGUAGUGGCAUUGUACAUGCCCUGUGAAAAGUUUUAGAAAGUUACAGAUUACUGAAAUGACAAAACAGCUCACAGAUUGGUCAAUGUUUAACAAGCAAAGAAAAUAAUCCAAAAAGGUGUAAACAGAGAAAACGUAAGUGUUCCUGCACAAAAGCUAACUCACCACGGCCCAUCAAAAAAGCUACUGUGAGCUAUUAUGAGCUCACUCAUAACACAAGCUUAACAGGCAAGCUAUGAAAAUAAAACAAAAAUUUGAACUUAUUGGUAAAAAUACCUGAUAUACAGAGGGAGCAAUCCAGUUGUUGUGUCUACAGAUGCACGCGAUUUCAGCCACUUCCCAUGAUGCAUAGUUUGAGAGACCAAACUCCUUGAAUUUUCCCUGUGGGUGAUAAUUUUAACAUUAAACCACACUUCUUUGAACAUGUAUCUCAACAUUA